AUGGAUUUCCAAAACAGGGCCGGAGGAAAAACCGGAAGUGGAGGUGUUGCAUCGGCUGCUGAUGCCGGCGUCGAUCGACGAGAAAGGCUUCGCCAGCUGGCUUUAGAAACGAUCGACUUGCAAAAGGAUCCCUACUUCAUGCGCAAUCAUAUCGGAACCUAUGAGUGCAAGCUGUGUCUUACUCUCCAUAACAAUGAAGGCUCAUAUUUGGCACAUACUCAAGGCAAAAAACAUCAAGCCAAUCUUGCUCGUCGCGCUGCCAAAGAACAAUCGGAACAACCAUUUCUUCCCGCACCACAGAAAGCUGCCAUCGAAACGAAGAAGUUUGUGAAAAUCGGAAGACCCGGUUACAAAGUAACAAGAGAACGAGAUCCAGGGUCUGGACAGCAAGCGCUUCUGUUCCAAAUCGACUACCCGGAGAUCACUGAUGGAAUUGCACCUCGUCAUCGCUUCAUGUCUGCUUACGAACAAAAGAUUCAACCUCCAGAUAAGAGAUGGCAAUACUUGCUUUUUGCCGCUGAGCCGUACGAAACGAUCGGAUUCAAGAUUCCAUCGAGAGAAGUCGACAAAUCUGAAAAGUUCUGGACCAUGUGGAACAAAGAUACGAAACAGUUCUUCCUGCAAGUCGCAUUCAAAAUGGAACGGCUCGAUGAACAACCAUACUACUGA